AUGUCUUCGCCGGUUACCCAGAACAUCUAUGACAACAGCCGAUUUUUUGAUGCGUACGCGGCUCUGCCGCGAUCGCAAGAGGGACUUUCAGCUGCCAAAGAAUGGUCGACCAUCAAAGACAUGGUCCUCGGCAAUCAUCAGACGCUUAGGAAGUACAGUGUUCUUGAUCUAGGAUGCGGAUAUGGCUGGUUUGCUCGCUGGGCUAGAGAGUCUGGCGCAACUUUUAUCAAGGCUGUCGAUAUUUCUGAAAAUAUGAUCCAACGAGCCAAAGCAUUCGAGCUGAGCCACGGUACUGCUGGAUUAGGCUCUAUAUCUUACCACAUAGCGGACAUCGAAACGAUCAUACUGGAUAAUGAACCCGCCGUAUAUGAUAUCGUGUACAGCUCUUUGACCUUCCACUACAUCUACGAUUUUGCAAGGGUGCUCCAGCAGAUCCGGUCCUGUAUCAGGAAGGGCGGGCGACUGGUUUUUUCUAUUGAACAUCCCGUCGCCACCGCACCAGUGGAUCCGGGACCUGCAUUCCAACGUAUGCCCAGGGAUGACAGGGAUGGCGCACAGGGCAUGUUUUGGCCCCUCAAUUCGUAUGAGGAAGAGGGACCCCGGUAUACCAAUUGGCUUGGAGUUGAGGGGGUGAAAAAGUAUCAUCGGACGCUGGAGACCUAUCUGAGAAUUUUGCGGGAGAAUGGCUUUGCAUUGAUUGAUUUGCGAGAGUGGACCAUUUCGAGGGAAGAUGCUGUCAAACAGCCAGAAUAUGCCGCGGAGAGACAAAAACCGUAUUUCCUGUUGGUUUCUUCUGAAGCUGUGUAA